AUGUCGCGCCUUUCAACUCUUCCACAGGAAUUGACUAUUCAGAUCUUCCGGCUUCUCGAAUUUGGUGACAAAGUGCGCCUCAGUGCAACUUGCAGACGAUACCGAGCUCAAUUGGCGCCAGAAAUCUUUCAAACAAUUCGCCUAUCCAACAAUGAGACGGUUGCACGGUCCGUACUGAGUGCCGUCGAGACUUACGGUGAGUACACAACUCGGAUCGAGUUUAUAGCUCACUGCGAGCACAAUGACGAAGUAACGACGCCCGCUCUCACGCCAGCCGCAGCCAAGGUCAUCCAAGGUCAUCUCACCCCCAAUCUAAGCACCUUCAGUCUCAAGUUUGACUUUGACUUUGACGACGGCGAAGAGUGGGAUUCGGACCAUCCAGAUGCCGUGAUGGGAAUGUCAAUAUAUAUAUUCGAAGGCUUGGAAACCGAAGAACACGUCCGAGAGAGGGAAGAGACAUGGCAGUGGCGGGCUCUCAUGAACGAGACCUGGCGGGCGCUGGCAGCCAAUAUCCACGUGAGGGAGCUCAUCUUGGACGAGCUGAUUCCCAAGAGAACAUCAGCUUUCCUAACAGAAGAGUUUCGUCAAUUUCUCUCUCGAAUAGAGGCUGCAACCUUUAAGAUAUUCGGCAUGGAUAACGGCGCAGGGUGGAAGACCAAUACAGUCUGGGGUGUUGUCGACUUCCUUCAAAAUUUGGAUACUAUGUUUUUCCACCACAUGACUGGACUGAAACAUCUUGCUAUCCAUGCUGCAGAUCCCCUUGGCCCUCAAUGGACUCGUCACAUACCGCUUACGCUUAUGCCCGCCGAUCUUCCUCUAUUGAAAUCGUUAAAGCUGACGAGGUGUUUCGUUGGCCCAGAGCUAGUCUCGUUUAUAGGCGGUCAUCUAAACGUUCUCAAAUCUCUCGACGUCAAGGAAUGUGUUAGUGGGCAUGGGAAUGUGCAUCCCUAUUACGAACAUGACUGCUCUUGGGCCAGUUUUUUUGAUGCUUUAUACGAGGCAAAACCCGCAAUCACGGAGUUGAUUGCCGGGAAUGGUAGCAAUGUACCACUCACGGAGGAUGAAAAGUAUAGUUCCGACUAUCAGUUCGAGGACGAACCUGAAGGCAUCCAGGAGAUUCGGCGGAAGCUCAAGGCCGACCCGAGGCUGCGAUUGUUUGGUUACGGGGCGGUAGACAACAAGUAUGGCAUGUUCUUUCUAAAUGAGCAAGCCAAUGAGGAGGAGUUUAAAAGUGGCGAUGACCAGAGAGCAUUUGAUCGACUCAUGGGCCUUGUAAACGAGAACGCUGCAAGGCAAGCAAUGAUCUUGGUUUAG